CAUCAGGUUUGAAAUGACAAGAGGGAAAGUAAAUUAUGACAGAAUUUUCCUUUUUUUGUUGAACUAUCACUUUAAAGUUAGACAAGACCAUUAGGUUAAUGUGGUAUUACUCUUUGGGGCGGUUUCCCGGACCGGGAUUAGCUUUAGCCAGGACUAGGCCUUGUUUUCAUUCGUUUAAGCCUUGUCCGGGAAACCGCCCCUUUGUAUUGCUGUAUUUGCUUGACUGACACACAAUGUCAACUUCUGGUUCAGUCAGAGAUGUAACUUUGGGGUGAAAUCUGGAAAGGUAUGGACCCUAAUUCAAGGGUUUGCCGUUUCUACUUUCUGCCAGGACACAAAUCCUAGGCUGUGACAAAAUCGUGCUUUUCAACUCUUUAGGGACUGCCCUUUGUCCAGCAUGAAAUUAGGGGUGUAGCGGUUGUCAGUAAAACACGUGCAUAGGGAUUGACCACCUAUGGUUUAAAAGCAUUUGCACUGCGGUUUACAAUGUAUAGCCCUUUGUUGUAGAAGAUGUAGGUUAAUACACUUCAACAUGCCUUAGAGGUAACUGCUGCUAGAGUGCACAUGCUGAGAUCUAUGAUGAAACUCGGAAAAUGAUCAAAAUGUAUCUUGCCUGGCUUGCUUCUCCAGCUCAUCCCAAAAGUGUUUAGUGUGGGUUUAGACCUAAACUUAGUGCAGACCAGUCAAAGUCAUUCACACCAGAAUGUCCUACCUUUUUAAUAGUGUUUGUUCAUACUGUUUGUAUGAACAAUGAAAGAUGAGACCACUAUUUAUUUGCUACUCUUCAUUGAUCUAAAUUCCAAUCCCGGGGGCCCACUGCUCUUUAAAAAAAUGUUGUGUCUCUAAAAAUGCUGGGUUAUUUUCCAGCUGUUGGGUUAAAGUAACCCAGAAAAUUGUUUAUAUUUGACCCAGCAAUGGGUUGCAACAACCCAGCAUAGGUUCAUUUACAACCAAGUGGCUGGGUUCGUCCCUUUUUUACCCAACACUGGGUAAUACAAUGCUGGGAUAUUUUCAAUUCAGCUUUGGGACAAUGUUGAACAAACCCAGCUGUUGGGUUACAGUAACCCAGAAAAUGGUUUCUAUUUGACCCAGCAAUGGUUUGCAACAACCCAGCAUAGGUUCAUUUACAACCCAGUGGCUGGGUUCGUCCCUUUUUUACCCAAUACUGAGUCAUACAAUGCUGGGAUAUUUUCAAUCCAGCUUUGGGACAAUGUUGAACAAACCCAGCUGUUGGGUUACAGUAACCCAGAAAAUGGUUUCUAUUUGACCCAGCAAUGGGUUGCAACAACCCAGCAUAGGUUCAUUUACAACCCAGUGGCUGGGUUCAUCCCUUUUUGACCAAACACUGGGUCAUACAAUGCUGGGAUAUUUUCAAUACAGCUUUGGGACAAUGUUGAACAAACCCAGCUGUUGGGUUACAGUAACCCAGAAAAUGGUUUCUAUUUGACCCAGCAAUGGUUUGCAACAACCCAGCAUAGGUUCAUUUACAACCCAGUGGCUGGGUUCGUCCCUUUUUGACCAAACACUGGGUCAUACAGAGCAAUGGGUCCCCAGAACUGGAAUUGAGAACCACUGUUCCAGCUGCUUUUCCGGAUAUCUCCAUUGGUAUAAAGUGGGACCUAGACCUGGCGCACUACUGAUGACUUUCAGAAAAGUGAGUGUUUGGUGUUUACAGGUAGUGUGCUACUGGAAGACCCUUUGACAGAAGGCGCUCUUUAAAGCUGUGUUCAACGUUGUGCCUCAAAAUGUUUUUGUAACCUCCUGAUUACAUUGUGCCAUGCACCAUUAAUGACAUCUGCAACGUAACCCUUAACAUUCCAGAUUAACAACUGUUUGAAUGUUGGAAUAGUGUCUUUUUCUUUUAAAGAUUUGUUUCCUUUUCUGUGUCUCCUGAAGGCUGUGAGUCUUCCAGCACAUUAUCUACGCUGGUCUGUCUUAAAAUUAUCAGCUUUAUUCCUUUGAAAUUCACUAUGGACAUUUUAAAACAAAGGGAGAGAAGGACUGCUUUCCCAUGCCAUAUUCCUUAAAGCCUCUCCCAAGGUACAGGCAUGCUUUUUAUCGAAUCGUUACAGUUUUAUGGGAUCAAGUUAGGUCAGUGGAGAUUAGAGUAACCUGAAUUAACUGACAAUUUCCCUCUAGGUCUUUAAACCAAGUCCACAAUUUUAUUCUAUUGACCUGAAUAGAUAGAUUGUCAUGAAACCAUUUUGGAUAGAAUGUCAGUUCAAGUUUAUUGUUGAUUAACCCAGUUAUGUUGUCAACAAGUGAAAAAGGUGUUUAAAGUCUUGAGACAGUAGCCUUGUAGAGCUCUGGAAUUUAGGAUUGAUAUCAUGCAGCAAAGUUGAACACUUUUUUGGAAGGCCAGAGUCGUUCAGAAUUAAAUUUGAACCCUGUUCUAAUAGACCUUGCUAUCAUUUUAACUUGUUUCUACAGGCCUUAAGUUAAAUAAUUCAGAGUCCCUUUAGGCAAAUUACAGCACUCAGUCAGCAGCCAUGCUUGCAAUGCAUCCAGGGCCCUUUUCCAGUCAUCCAAGUCCCAAUACUGACAUCUUGCUAAAGUCAGAAUAAAACCAUAUUUCCUACCAAAACUAGACAUCAACUGUACCAAAAAUUCUGUUUCUUAUGCUUCAUCACACACACAAAAACAACAGUAUACUGUUAACAGUAUAUCCUGGGCAAACAAAAUGCAAGUCCCUGGGCUCUGGAACAGCUUGUUGAGAUCAUCCUAACAUGGAGAGGCACCAUCUAAUGAGAUUGUUAUUGGCAGGUACAAGUAGUUUUGAAGAUGUCUGUAAUGGAGCAGCUUAUUAUUUUUGAAAACUCCUGGCAUGGUGAAGAUUUUCAGAAACUCUGGUGUUGUGUAGCCGGUAAAACUGGAGAUUUUUGUUGUGAUCUUGAAGUGCGUGCUGUUAUCUCCUUUGUUGUUAGCCUACCGGGACCUGUUUUUUAGACCAAAGGUCUUCAACCCUCCUCCUGGGGGCCCACUGUCCUGCAGAAUUCAGCCCUAAUCAAACUCACCUAAACCAUUAAAGUCUUUGGGACCUCUUGGUGUAUUGGAGCAGGUUGGACCUAAACUUUUCAGGACGGGGCCUCCAGGAACAGGGUUGACCUAGGGCUUAGAUUUUACUGGACAUGGUAGAUAGCCUCUGGAUGUAAAUGGGAAGAUAGAGCACGGUAUAGUCAAACAUCUCAAUAUAAUUGUGAAAUAGAGCUUGUUACAGAAUUUAAGCAGUACCAAAUUGUUCCUUCUUUUAAGAUCGGGGUAGUCAAAUUACUUUACAUUUUAGUUAUUUUGACAUUUUGUUCACUGAUUUGUGGGUUCCGCACACAAAGGGGGUAGGAAAGAUCAAUUAUGAGCCAGAAUUCUAAUAAGAAGUACCUACUUCAUACCUAUCAUGUACUCUAUGAGUACACCCAGUGUAGGACAAUGUACUACUUAUCUCUGUCUACUCUUUCUCCUCUGUUCUUGGCUACUCCUUACCUCCACCUCUCUGAUUGCAAAUGGUUUUGCCCCUUUUCCAUUUACACAGUAACAAACCAAGCAACCAGUUGUCCACUCCAGACACACACAUCUGUCCUUAUUGAAGACUGAUUUUCAAACUUUUCUUCAGCCGGCCAUGUCUCUAGAGCCUAUCCCCUCUAAUCAUCUUUAAGCAUUUGCAUUCAAGUCAUUUAAGAAGACUCGGGUAGCCCACUGCUCUAUAUAAAAUACAACACUUAACCCUACAGUUAAACACUUUCAGCAAGUUUGUUGAGGAUAGGGGUUUAAUCCUUAACUGUGGUGUUCUGUUCCAAACCUUAAAAGAGAGGCAUUCGAAAAACUUUCACACAGCAACGUAUGAUACCUGCUAAUCAGUCUUCAAAUAUUGGCCCCCUUUUGAAACCGCUCUUGUCUCCAUUACCGAACCCUGACAAUUGGCAAGAAGUAUCUCAAGAUAUUUCGUCCUUAUCCUGCAUGACCUGUCUGUUGCCUUUGACUUUAGCCUGUUUAACACAGCACGCAACCCAUAUUUUUUUUAUUUUCUUUUUUGUGUCAAAUGUUUACGUAUGGCGCGUUUCCAACAAAAUUACCUUGAACAGUUAACAACACCCAUUGACAUCCAUUACAAAAACGGCCUCUGGUCUCCUUUCCUGCGUUCCGCUGAAGCCACCGCGUUUGCAUUAGCUGUUAGACUUAGAAAAAAAAGCGUAACAGCUAAUGCCAUAAAAAUGUAAUGUUUUAACUGUGAAUGCCGGCCACUGACAAUCAGGUCAUACAAAGCGAGGGGCAAUCAUUAUUUUUUGUGUGACACUGCCAUGUACAAUGCCGCAUAGAGUCAACCAAUAAAAUGCUGCGUGAACUCAACCAAUCAGCAUGUUCAGCGCCCAAGUCCCACCCCCGAAACUUCCUGAAGUUUGAAAAAGUACCACCUUGCGAGCAGGGACUUUCUGAGGGACAUUUUUUUUUACCCUGAACUUUGUGAUGACGAUUUGUUCGUUGUAGUCAUCACUUGUAUGCUAACCAUGAGGUUUGUGUGAUUUGCCACUAUUGUUUGCAGACUUAAACCUUUCUUGGAAUGUUUGUUAUUAUGGGUUUCUGUGAUUCAUAGAUUUUUUAUUUAUGUUUUGGUAAUAAGUUUUGGGUACUGUGUUGUUAUAUUAAAUGAGAAUCUAUCCAAUGUACAUCUUCUAAUAUUAGGUAUGUUGUUCAUUGAUAGGUGCACAUGUUAGUGAUCAAUGUUAGACUAUUUUACAUCAAUAGUUCCUAUAAGCAAAAUUCAAACACACAGAGACCAGUUGAAGAUUAUAAAUGAUUUAUUUUGAAGCAUAUUGUAUAGGUAAAUAAGGAAUCUUACAUGCCAUGUGGCAUUCUCACCACUUCCUGGAUUGGUACCUCCUGUUAAGAGAGGGCAGGGCAAUAGUUGUCCUUUGUGACAAUGAAAAUUUAUUCUUGUGGGUCAUACCAUAUUGCAAUGUGGGGCCAAAUAAUAUAUUUUAGGAUUAAGGUUGUGACCAAGUGUUCUCAAAGCUGUUUAAAGAGGUGAAUACUCGGUAAUGAGACAUGUAAUUUGAAGAAUUUUCUGCAUUGAUUUUAUUGUUUAAAGGUUAUAUGUUGUGUAUGUGCAUUGUGAGAUUUUGGCACCCCCAUAGUUGGUAGGGUUCUUCUAUUAGGGAGGCUGGCCAAGGUUAUUUAAGCCAGUCUAGUUGUAACCUUAGGGGGUGGUCCUUGCGGUGUGUAUUGUCUUGCUGCCUAAAGUAACUAUUUUCUUUGUUCAAGUUGCGACAAAGUAUGCACUGAGUCUAGUGCUAUUAUGAAAGAUGGCGCCGAUGUGUGUGGCUUGCCGUCAGUUGUUCCUUGUGCUGUUUGUUUGUUUGUUUAUUUUAACUUGUUUUAUCUGCCAGCCGCUGUGUUGUGCUUCACUGGUACUGACAUAUGAUCGGGCAUCUCUUUUAAAUUCGCAAGUGUCUGCAAAUGUGUUGCUACUACGAAAUGGCUCUCAUUAUACCCCUCCUCCCAUAUCGUCUAUACCUGGGUAUCUGCGCCGCUGGCCUUGCUCCUUACCGGCCUGGAGGCGGAGGCGACGCCGGGGAAAACGGGUUGGCAUUGCUGUUAAGCUAAGGCUGGUGUUGCUGAAUCACAGAGAGCAUUUUGUUCGGAUGGAGUUUUCGAAGGUCGUGCUGUUCGUCGGCGCUCCCUGGAUCCAAUUCGGGAGUGGAUAAUCUCCAUGGCUCCGACUGCGGUGGUCCCGGUCUUUGAUGUAUAUUCUCCUGCCUUUUCUCCUCGUUUUUAUCGUGGAGGAGUGUGUUUGAAACAUCUUCAUUUUCUACCUCGGGUAAAGCAACGCAAGGAAUCUACCACAAACCCUCUGCAUCUAAGGAUGACUUUGAUAAACACCAGAUCGGUAACAAACAAGACUUUCAUUUUAAGUGAAUUGUUCUCCUCCCGAAACUUGGAUUUUUUAUUUCUCACUGAAACCUGGCUCUGUCCAGGUGAUCUGAGACCUUUUUCUGAACUUCUGCCACCUAAAUGUUUGUUUUUUAAUUCCCCACGCACAACUGGUCGGGGUGGCGGACUUGUCUCUAUUUUUAAAGAUCAUUUUAUCUGUCGCUCAGUGGCGAGUAAUAACUACAGCAGCUUUAAACUUCAAUUGUUCGUGUUGGAAUUUGGCGAUCCGCUUUUGAUGGCGGUAAUCUAUCGCCCGCCAAAAUUUAAUACAAACUUUUUAACGGAGUUUGCUGAGUUUCUGGGUGAUGUGACUCCGAAAUAUGAUAAGCUUCUUGUACUCGGCGAUUUUAAUGUUCAUGUUUGUUGCAUGAAUGAUCACUUAGCUAAGGAGUUUACCCAUUUACUAAAUGCUUUUGAUUUUUCUAUCGGGGUAAAUGCUCCCACUCAUAAGGGUGGCCAUAUACUUGACUUGGUGCUUCUGCAUGGACUUAGUAUUACUGAUUUAGAAGUCCGUGAAAAUGGCUUCUCUGACCAUAAGACUGUUAUGUUUACUGUCUCAUGCUCUGCUGUGGCACCUACAGUGUCAUCUUGUGGCCGCCUAUCUCGUCGUAUUACUCCCACUACAAAAGACUCUUUCUUAUCAAUUUUUCAUGAAGUGAUGCCAUCUAUUGUCGGUUUUUCCUUUGAUGUUAGUGCCGAGGAACUCCUCUCCAGGUUUAAUUCCACCUGUUCAAACGUUUUAAAUGCUGUGGCUCCUUUUAGAACUGUUCAGCCUAAAAUUCGUUCUGAACCCUGGAUUGAUGAUUCCAUUCGUUCUCUUAGGCGAUGUUGUAGAAGAGCGGAACGGAAGUGGAAAAAGGACAGGCUUCAUGUUUCUUUAGAGAUUUUAAAGGACACUCUAUUUAAAUAUCAGAAAACAGUGAAAAAAGCAAAAUGCCGACAUUUGUCAGAUAUUAUCAAUAAGAACUGCUCUAGUCCAAAGACUCUCUUCAAUAUUAUUAAUGCUACUCUCAAUCCUUCAGCCGGUUUAGUUCCUGGGGCUUCUUCUCCAUCAUGUGAAGAAUUUUCAAUAUUCUUUGAUAGGAAAAUCAGGGAUCUCCGGCUGGGGAUAACUCCUUCAUUUUUUAAUCCAUCAAAUCCUUCUAUUUCUACUACCUUUUUUAGUCAGUUUGAACUAGUCUCACUCUCAGAUUUGCUGGAAAUAGUUGAGCAGCUUAAACCUUCGGGCUCGUUUUUGGAUAUUAUUCCCCCUUUUUUAUUCAAGCAAAUUUUAAUUGAUGUUGCCCCGUAUCUCUUGAUUAUAAUAAAUCGCAGUUUAGAAUCUGGCAUUAUGCCUGAUUGCCUAAAGCAUGCAGUAGUUUAUCCAUUGCUCAAAAAACAGAAUUUGGACUCAUCAGUUUUAACUAAUUUUAGGCCUAUUUCUAAUUUGCCUUUCAUUUCCAAGAUUAUGGGAAAAAAUGUGUUUUUACAGCUACAACGGUUUUUAGCUGAUAACUUAAUGUUUGAAACAUUUCAGUCAGGUUUUCGUAAAUGCCAUUCCACUGAGACUGUGCUUUUGAAGUUUCUUAAUGAUAUUUUAAAAUCAUGUGAUUCUGGGGAUUUUGCAGUUCUUGUGCUUUUAGAUUUGACGGCCGCAUUCGAUACAGUUGACCAUGCUAUUCUCAUUGAUCGAUUGGAACAUUGCAUUGGUUUAAGAGGUAUAGUUCUGGAUUGGUUUAAAUCUUAUUUGGCAAAUAGGAGUUUCUCAGUCAAGAUGGGUUAACAUUAUUCGAAAGAUGCUAUUUUGCCUUGUGGGGUUCCCCAGGGGUCCAUUCUGGCUCCUCUUCUUUUUUCUCUUUAUAUGCUCCCUUUUGGCUCGAUUUUUAGAAAACAUUGAUUAUCAUUUUACUGCUAUGCGGAUGACACUCAGGUUUAUUUGCCUGUUAAACAGAAUUCUGUGGGUUCUGAGUCUCUUAUGGCAUGUUUGGCAGAUGUGUGAAGGCUUGGGUCUCAUUAAAUUUUUAAUGAAAAGAAAACAGAAAUUAUUGUUUUUAGCCCGUCUGAAUCUUUAGUUUCCCCAAAAUUGGAUUUGGGUGAGAUGUCUCCAUGUCUGAAACCAUGGGUAAAAAACCUGGGAUUCAUUUUUGAUGAAGGCUUAAAGUUUGACCGUCAAAUAAACUCAGUAGUCAAAGCUUGCUUUUUUAAGCUGCGUUUACUUUCUAAAGUAAAGCCUUUCCUUUCUUUUAAAGAUUUGGAAAAAGUAAUUCACGCUUUUAUUUCAUCUAGGCUGGCCUACUGCAACUCACUAUGUUUUGGAAUUAGCCAGACAGCUAUAUCCUGAUUGCAGCUUGUUCAAAACGCUGCGGCUCGACUUUUGAGCGGGGUCAAGAAGAGGGAGCAUAUUACUCCUAUUUUACGCUCGUUACAUUGGUUGCCUGUUUGCUUUAGAUUGGAUUUUAAAGUUUUGUUCCUUGUUUAUAAAUCUCAAAAUGGUUUGGCUCCUACCUAUCUUCAUGAGUUAUUGAUGGAAUAUCAACCCAGUAGAUCCCUUUGGUCUUCCAACCAGGAUCUAUUGUUUGAACCUAGGUCGCGGCUAAAGUGCAGGGGAGAUCGUACUUUCGGUAUUGCAGGCCCUAGGCUUUGGAAUGCCUUGCCACUCUCCAUUAGACAAGCUUCUUCGGUUUAUAUUUUUAAGUCUAGGCUAAAGACAUUUUUAUUUUCUGAAGCGUAUGGCUGAUGGCAUAGUUGUAUGAUGUCAUUAUUUUACUGUUUGUAUGUUGUGCUGUUUUUUGUUUUUCUGUUUUUUUUAAUGUCUUACUGGAAAGCACAUUGGUCGACAGAAGUUGAAAUUAAUUGUGCUAUAUAAAUAAAUUGUCAUUGCCAUUAUGUUUGUGAACUCGUGAUUAUAAUUUUUUUUUUCCUUUAUAAAUUUUUUUUUGUACUUUAUAUCUACGGUGUCCAUGUUUCAUCUAAAUGUUGCCCUCCAUUAAACACUUUUUGGGAUUAUAAUCAGUGUCUUCUGAGCCUUCCUACCACCUCCCCUUAACCAACUCAGGACACACUACGACAAAUGGUGGCAGCGGUUAUUUUUUUCAGUGCAGUAGGAGGUUGCAGUUAUACACUAAGAUGCCACCCAAGUAGCAAACAGGGCAAAGGACAGUGAGGGAAGAUGAUUGUAUUGAGCUUACGCCGGAUCAGGGAGGUGCAUUGUCUGAGGCAACCUCUUCUUCGAUGGCAGACCCAACUGGUGUAAAAGUGGAUCAGCUCAGCAGAAUGCUUGAAAGUUUCAUGCAGAUGCAAAAGGAUCGAGAGGCGCAUCUAGAAACGGAAGGACAGGCUGGGCCAACCGUCAGACCAAUUUUUCGCACGGAAAGUGGAAGAUGAGGAGGAAUCUAUCGAGCAAUACUUCCCAACAGUUAGUGAUUCUCUUGUGUUGCCUGAUCUGGGACAUCUAACCUCUGGGCAGCAAGAAAAUCUUCGGUCACGGGUUCCAGAGGGCCUUUUCAGCGAAAGGCCAGGCAGAACCGAGGUAAUGCAACAUGACAUUCGUCUCUUAACGCCUGGUUUAAUACGACAGACGUGUUGCAGGAUACCUGCCAGGCUCAUCCCGGACUUAAAGAAGGAAGUCGAGACAAUGUUGGAAAUGAACAUAAUUGAGUCUUGUAGGAGUAAAUGGUGCAGUCCUGUUGUCCUGGUAUCGAAGAAGGACGGUACCUUAAGGUUCUGCGUAGACUUUUCUAAACUGAAUUCCAUAUCUGCCUUUGACCCUUACCCCAUGCCAAGGGUUGAUGAACUGGUUGAACGGCUAGGGAAGGCCAAAUACCUGAGCACGCUGGAUUUAUGUAAAGGAUAUUGGCAGAUUCCCCUAGCCAACAGUGCUAAGGAGCUGACUGCAUUCAGGGUUCCAAGUGGCCUUUAUCAAUUCAAUGUCAUGCCCUUUGGCCUUCAUGGGGCUGCGGCAACAUUUCAGAGGACUAUGGACUGUGUAUUAAGGGGCACAGAGGAUUUCGCAGCGGCCUACAUUGAUGACGUUGUCAUUAACAGUUCUUUAUGGGAAGACCAUAUGGACCACUUGUCUGGUGUGUUCUCCAGAAUUAGUGAUGUGGGACUGGUGGUUAAUGCCACUAAAUGCCAUGUGGCAAAGUCAGAAGUGACUUACCUUGGGUAUGUAUUGGGGGUGGGGUAAUCAAGCCCCAACUGGACAAAGUUGAGGUGGUGAGGUCUAGCCCACCGCCAACAACCAAGAAGCGGGUGAGGUCUUUUUGGGCUUGGUAGGCUGGUACAGACGUUUUAUUCCCAACUUCUCCAGUCGAGCUGCUGUGCUCACAGACCUCACUCGUAAGAAUAGCCCACAAAAGGUGGUGUGGACACCUGCUUGUGAAACUGCUUUUCAGGAUCUUAAAGACUGUCUAUGUCAAGGCCCAGUAUUGCAAAGCCCUAAUUUUGACCUUCCCUUUUGGGUGCAAACAGAUGCCCCCGAGGUAGGGCUUGGAGCUGUACUGCUACAGGGUAACAGUGAAGACCGUAGACCUGUGCAGUAUAUCAGCCGUAAACUGUUCCCUCGUGAGGGUAAUUACUCUACGGUAGAGAAAGGCUCUAGCUGUUAAGUGGGCCUUAGAUACAUUGAAGUAAUUAUCUCAUGGGCAAGGACUUUAUACUAGAGACUGAUCAUCAGGCAUUACAAUGGCUCCACAAAAUGAAAGACAGCAAUGCCCGCAUUACUCGCUGGAAUCUCUCUCUUCAACCUUUCAAUUUCCAAGUCAAGUACAGAGCUGGUACACAGAAUGUGAUCACAGACUUUUUGUCCCGCCACUAUGAGGAGUGACGGGCUUAUGGGGGGGUAUGUGAUGAUGAUUUGUUCGUUGUAGUCAUCACUUGUAUGCUAACCAUGAGGUUUGUGUGAUUUGCCACUAUUGUUUGCAGACUUAAACCUUUCUUGGAAUGUUUGUGAUUAUGUUUCUGGUUUCUGUGAUUCAUAGAUUUUUUAUUUAUGUUUUGGUAAUAAGUUUUGGGUACUGUGUUGUUAUAUUAAACGAGAAUCUAGCCAAUGUACAUCUUCUAAUAUUAGGUAUGUUGUUCACUGAUAGGUGUACAUGUUAGUGAUCAAUGUUAAACUAUUUUACAUCAAUAGUUUCUAUAAGCAAAAUUCAAACACACAGAGACCAGUUGAAGAUUAUAAAUGAUUUAUUUUGAAGCAUAUUGUAUAGGUAAAUAAGGAAUCUUACAUGCCAUGUGGCAUUCUCACCACUUCCUGGAUUGGUACCUCCUGUUAAGAGAGGGCGGGGCAAUAGUUGUCCUUAUUUAUUCUUGUGGGUCAUACCAUAUUGCAAUGUGGGGCCAAAUAAUAUAUUUUAGGAUUAAGGUUGUGACCAAGUGUUCUCAAAGCUGUUUAAAGAGGUGAAUACUCGGUAAUGAGACAUGUAAUUUGAAGAAUUUUCUGCAUUGAUUUUAUUGUUUAAAGGUUAUAUGUUGUGUAUGUGCAUUGUGAGGUUUUGGCACCCCCAUAGUUGGUAGGGUUCUUCUAUUAGGGAGGCUGGCCAAGGUUAUUUAAGCCAGUCUAGUUGUAACCUUAGGGGGGUGGUCCUUGCGGUGUGUAUUGUCUUGCUGCCUAAAGUAACUAUUUUCUUUGUUCAAGUUGCGUCAAAGUAUGCACUGAGUCUAGUGCUACUAUGUUUGUGAACUCGUGAUUAGAAUUUUUUUUCUUCCUUUUUUUAAUUUUUUUUGUACUUUAUAUCUACGGUGUCCAUGUUUCAUCUAAAUUUUGCCCUCCAUUAAACACUUUUUGGGAUUAUAAUCAGUUUCUUCUGAGCCUUCUUACCACCUCCCCUUAACCAACUCGGGACACACUACGACAAACUUUAAUUUGAUCCUGGUUCCUGCGGUGGAUUACGUAAAACCAUUUUAAACUGAAUUACUGAACUGUGUCUCUGAGAUCCCUCAACAGCUCUAAUUAAACUCACCAUGUGUCACAAUGUUACGAUUGGCCCAAAAUUACUACUUGCGACACCACACUGACCUUGUACAUGUUUAUACUGACCUUGUACAUGUUUUUACUGGUGGUUAUGUUCAAACACAUUGUAUCAUACAGUUACUCCCAGCAAGCUAAAUCAAUCGAGAAUGGAUUUUGUUUUUUAACCAGACAAAUAGAGUGUAUAUUACACUCUUCUUGGUCUCUUUUUGCUAGCUAGCUGUACCCAUCCAAAUCCAAAUUCAUGCUAGCAUACAAGACCUGGGUGUACACCAUCUAACCUUAACACGCUCUUCUUCAGAUUUAUGUCUCAUCUUUGUGAUCUGUGAAUAAAUGACAUCAGGUUGUUAUCACAUCAUGGUACAUGAUUAUAUUCUAAAACCUUCACAAAAUAUCUUAAAGAUGGAACGCUCAACCUUCACCAAACUUCUGGAGACCCAGUCCUAAAUGUCACCUUUUUGAGGAGGGCUCUUGUGGUUCUCUUCCAAAUCUGUAUUUUUGGUAGAUUUAGACUGUUGGAUAAUAGUCUGCUGCAAACUCUGCAUCAGUGUGAUCUGGGAAAAGGGGCAUAAUUCAGUUUCACAUGAUAUUCCCUCAGAAUCAUAAAAUGGAAUAGUUUAUGGGACAAACUAUGGCUAGACAGUAGAACUCUCAAUCUUGAAGACUACUGACAGUUUAGACCAAACCCAAAUAAAAACAAACCUGCCUCUAUUUGUCAAGUAAUCCGAGAGACUUGAACGACUGUUGUGCUUGACUAGAAUUGGCACAAAACUGCGGGACAGUUGCCUCUAGGACUGGAAUGCAAAGCUCUGCUCUGCUCUACUGUCCACUGCAAGUACACACUUGGGAUAGGGCUUACCUUGUUGCAGAAACUAAACCUACAAUUCUGUCCUAGUGUUGUACUUAUCUUGUACCCACUUGAAAACUGUAUAUAUGAUGUGAUGUACUUCUACUGAGCUCUACCUUGGAGUAGUUGCUUCUGUUUCUCAUUUGUAAAUCACUGUGGAUAUAGUCUCUUAUGAAUAAAUAAAUGUAAAAGACAGUACCUUAUGAAAUAUCCUACUCUUAACUGUGUGGGCAGAUGGCACAAAGAAUUUCAGUACUAUAGAGAGUAUCGUUUGAAUCAGAAACUAGCAUAGCAACCGAUGAUACAUUAAACUAUUCUGAAAUCUACUCCACGAAUCACCAGGGUAAAUAAAUGGAGGUAAUAAUGGGUCCUUUUGUCUCCAGUUUCAAUGUUUAAAACACUGAUGGCGCAUCUGAAACUCAAUCUCUGUUAUUUUAAACACUGUUAUUUGGGAAAAUGUAUUGUUUGUUAAAGAAGUACUUGGAGCUGUGUUUUUUUUAACCUAGAAUAGUCAGCCUGAGUUGACUAUCCAAGAGUCGGACAAAACCCAAAUGUAAAGACCAGUACACAAACCUCUUCCAAUUGAGAAUUGGGCAAAAACCAGAUUUGUUCUGACAACAGGAGUAAGCCAAGCAACAGCAUUGGGACAAGAUCUUGAUGAAUGCAUUGUACGGUCUUUGAGCAUACCAGUAGGACUGAAAUAUAUCUGUUUUUACUCUUCUUUUUUUUGCUCUCUCGGAGGAACACGCUGAUCUGUUUUACCUUGAGCCAUUUUUAUAGUGUGUUUUGAGUUUAACCUUAAUUCAGUACGCUUAAGCCUUAUGUGUAGAGUACUUGUUAACAAAGGGAUAGGCAUUACGGUCCCAAAGAAGGUCUAAUUGCCACAUAAAUUAAGAUCACACCACAACAUUCAUGGUGCCUUUCAAUUUUGUUUCUUUUCAAUUUUAUUUUUUUCUUAGUCGAUAUAAAGCAGACUUAAAAGCACCUAGAGUCAACUCUUUCAUUGUUUAUAACAAUCACUGAUAAAAAAAAACACGCUACAAAUGCAGGAUGGAAAAACAAAGAUGUCCUGGAUUUGUCACAUUACCACAAAGCAUGAUGAUUCCAUUAUGAAUUCAGGUAAUCCAACUGAAUGAACAGUUGCACCUGUACCAAUGCAUCUAAAAGUAAGAUUUUUCACAAAUUGUUAUUCUUUGUUUAUUCAUAUUUUUCCAAAUUCUGACUUUAAAAUAUUUCUGUUGUUUUAGAUGAGGUACAUAAUGACUUUAAAGACUUACUAGGAAAAUACCACUAGGAAACAAUGUGGAUAUCUAACAAUGGACUUUCAGUGGCUAUACACAUAUAAAUGACACUAAUCUCCUAAAUUUGUUGGCAGCAUUCCACAUUUUCACCUAAAAGAGAAAAUUGUUCCAGGUGUUUUUAAAAUCACUUUUACUUGUAAUGCUGCUCCCCAUAAAGUCACUGUCUUGAUUCCCAUUUGUUUUUUUUUGUAAAAAAAGAUACACAUUAAGUCUUAUUUCUAGUUAUGUACAGUGCAUUUAAAGUCAUAUUUGAAGAACACUAAUUUUCAGUUCCCUUACACUAUAAGUGACAGGUCACUUGUAGCAUUGUGUCUGUGUUACCUCUGAAGGGUAUCUCUGGUAAUGGGAGGGGAUGUGGAAAUCCGUAUAAUCAACCAUUCGCUAGAGAUAAUGAGUAGAGUUGUGGUGAAAAGAAUCUCAACUUCAAGACAGAUUCUGUAAGAGAACAGCAGGGGCUGCAGUGCUCCCCAGGGUAGGCUACAUACAGGAGAAGCAUAUAUGUUGGGCAUGCAUAUAUCUUUGCUAGGACACCCCUUAGGGUUAACAAACCAACCAUUUUAUUACUUGUUCAAAGCAAAGGAUAAUUGUGGGGCUCUAACUUGGUGAUCCAAAAGCCAGUGGAGCCACACCAAAACAUCUUGCUUUGUUUCCCAAUCUCACACGUUUCUUGUACCACAUAUAACUGCCCACAUUGUUGCUAAACAAUUCUGUGCAUUGUUGGACCGAGUGACCUGCUUGCUUCGUUCCUUUGACAAAAAGUGUGAACUACGUGUCUGGGACCUGAAACAGCCUUCAAGGCACAGAGUAGGUCGGUCCACGGACUUGCUAACAAGCCCCUCCCACAACAUCGGAGGCCAUUUUAUGAUACGUUUCAAAGCUACCACGCGCCGAGAACUGCUUCCACACUGCAGACGUUGAAAUGGAGGCCCCGUAGAACUGGAGGCGGAUCUUCCUUUCAUCCCCUUGUUCUCAUUGGUUCAUGUUGUCGGGUGUCACAAAAUAUCCCGGUUUGAGCCACAUUGUUGGCUAAAUGUACGUCGGCUAGUGCAAACUAGCGUUAAAUCAUCCGUGAUUUCUCAUAAAAGUAUGAUGUUCGCGUGUCUUUAACUUGGAUUGAGCGGUCAGGAAUACUUAACGUGCGCGUUGCGCAACGGGAAGACGUGCAGUCUCACAAAGGAAGGCUACAGCAGCAGGAAGCCAAGCACGACGAGAGUGCAUGAACAACAGGAAAACAAUGAUCAUGGUGACGGGACUUAGUUAGUUUGUGGACGGUGCACACACAUUUUAGGGGCACCGAUAGAGGCCACUACUUUCAGGGGACACCACUGCCAUGAAGAGGUGUACAUGGUCUACAAGAAUCUUUAGGUUCAUCCGCAUAUCAGGGUUUCCCAACAGAACAUUGUCCUGAGCAUAACACUGUCUCUGCCAACCUGCCAUCUUUCUGUGGUGCAUCCUUCUGCCAUCUUUAUCCCAGGUCUUGGGGAAAUCAGCUAUAAUGUUCUCUCUGAUAUGUAGUGCGAGUGAGAACUAAUCCUUGGACCUCUUAAAGAACACCAAGGAUGGAAUGCACUCUAUCAAACUCCGAUUCCAUAUAACCUAGCCUGAACUUCUAGAGGAACUAUGGAAAAUAACGAAAUUGAAAUGGAAUCUGAGAGCUUUGCUCAUGAUAUUGAAGAGCUAAUUGAGAAGGAGAACCUUGCAGACAUGAUGGACUUGCAAGACAUUGACGAAUCUGACAUAAAUGAUUUGAACACAGAGUCAGAUUCACUGCAGGACACAUGCUUUGAAUCAUCCUGGCAAGGAGUUAUAAAUUCAGCUGACAUUAAACAAGACAAGACAUGGGAUAAGAGAGAAUGUAAUGGUAGCAUGACACCAUGUCACUUGCUUAACCCAGGAGAAGGUAGCAUGACACCAUGUCACUUGCUUAACCCAGGAGAAGGUAGCAUUACACCAUGUCACCUGCUUAACGCAGGAGAAGUUGAGGCUAUGUUGGAAGCACAUUCUGACAAUGCAGUAUUAAAACCCGCUUUGACAAAUAACAGUCAUUAUUCUGAUAUAAGCAGCUGCUCUGAAACGGAAGCAACUAUUGAUUGUAAUUUAAUUUCUUCAGUCAAAGUUAACAUGGAUGGAGACCAGCCUGGUCAGUCAUCAGAGGAUGGAGAACAACAUUCAUGUAACAUGCCUUUUUCCAAUGCUGAUGUCUGCAGUGCUGCUGAUGAAGUAAAUAUCAAUGAAACAAAUCAACAGCAAGACACUGUUGAAAGUACAACUCCAAUGGCCAUUGGUGAGAGCAAAGAAAAUGAAAACACUGAGGGAAGUGAAUGGAGAGAUGGAUCACUUUCUACAAAUGUGGAGGAUCCGUUUUCAGAAGUUAAAGCUGUGGGGGAUUUAAAUGGUGUGGAAGGCCAAACAAAUGAUGUUCUUGUAUCUGGAUGUUCUGUGGAUCAACCCAUGAUGAAUUGCGAAGAUCUUGGUAGCUCUCAAGAAGGUUCCACUGGUACCUUGAAUAUCACAAAUAGUGAUACCUCAUCUAUUUCAACUGGGGAUGAGAAUAAAUGCUCAACCACAGAUUCAAAAGAUUGCUUCCACUUCGACCAAAAGAAAGUUGAUCUUGAAAACACAUCCUUGAAACCUGAGAUACUUGAGAUAUCUACCAAUAGAGAAGAUUCAAUAGAUGGCUGCCAGUUGGAAGAAGAAAAAACACAGCCUGAAAACACCUCCUCAAAACCAGAAUUUGGACAGACAUUUGAACAAGUGGUUGAGCGGAGCAGUUUUGGAUUCCUUGAAUCUUGUUUUGGUUUGAAAGGUUUAGAGCAGAACAUUGAGGAAUGCCUGGAACAUACACAAGUAGACCAAUCUGAUGAAACUGGUAUUUUGCCUGUUGAGAAUUUGACCCAGAUCCCUCAAGACAGUCUGCUUUAUCACACUGAACCACCAGUUCUUCUAAAAUCUGUCUUCGAAUCUAACAGUGAAAUGAUGGUUGUAGAAGCCGACACACCAAAAGAUCCACCCGUACUCAGUCCUUACCAGACAUCCAAGACCUCUUUCAAGACACAAAAGAGAAAACUGCAGCCUGUUGUUCUCCUUAAAACAACUGAACAGAGGGCUUGUGACGGACAGAAUUAUCAUUGUUUUGCAUGCCAAGAGUCCACACAAACAUUAGAUGAGCUGAUUGAGCACUGCCAUAAUGUACAUUCUUUGGACAAGGUUCAAUAUUGUACCACUUGUGAGUGUUAUUUUUCUGGUGACACUAUAGCAGGGCACUUCUGUGAAAAAUUCAAACCAAUGGAUCAUUCAAACUCCUCACCUGUUUACCCCAAAGGGCUCACAGAGGACAAGAAGAGAUUUGUAUGUAGAUACUGUGGGAAACCAUUUUUUCGACAGCUGUAUUACGAGGAACAUGAGCAGAGGCACAGACUUGUCACACAGCAUAAAUGUGAGUGUUGUGGAUUAUACUUUCCUAGUUUUCAAAAAUGUCAAAGCCACAAAAGGAAGAAGAACUGUCUACCUUUGAUUCUGGAUCCUUCUUUACAGACGGAAGACCACUCAGAAUCAGCUGUCAAAACAGCAGACUUGACCUUUGACACAGGUGGCUCCAAUAUAGAACUCUGUGAUUGUUAUGUGAAACUUGUAGAUGUAUCCAAGCAACAAGAGUCACCAAGUAAAAUUGAUUGUCACAUUUGUGGGAAAAGUUUUAGACUCCGAGCACAAUUGAAAUCACAUCUUAUGUCGCAUUCAGAAGUAAAGCCCUUCAAGUGUGAGAACUGUGAAAAAGAUUUCAAGUAUUCCUGGAAUCUUACCAAGCAUAAAAGAGAGGCAUGCCCUCAAAGUAUUGUCCCAUCAAAAAAAUCAUCAGAUACUGAUCGCAAUCUUCCAGCCAAGUUCAAAUGCCCCAUCUGUUCUCAUAUGUUCAAGUACUUCUACAAUCGAGCUCGCCAUUUACGUGAACAUUGUCUCAAGGAAUACAUGCGUAAAGGCAAAGGAAAAAUUGGUGAGAAGUAUUGGUGCCCUUUGUGUAAGGAAAAGUUUACUAUGUCCGGUAACCGCAAUAGACACAUAAAGAACACCUGCAUUAAGCUUAAACUGUAUACAGCCAAAGGGAAAAUUAAAGAAAAACUUGAGAAGGAGAUCACAACCAAUGAUAAGGACAAAGACUUGCUGUCGACUCAACCCAUUCAAAAUUUGGCACGUUACAAAUGCCCUUUUUGUCCAGCUACAUAUAGCAGCAAGUCUGGUUACUACACCCAUCUCGCAAAGCAUAAAUUGCUUGCAAACAACAAAAAGGCGAUCAAAUACAAUAAUAAAGCUGUUGAUUUGAAAAGUUCAAGCACAGAAUCUGCUGACAACAACGAAAACGCUCCUAUCACUUGUCGCUUUUGUGGGAGAGUCUUCACAUCACUUCUCAUAUUGAAUAAGCACUUGCAAAUUCAUAAAGGAAACAGACCUUUUCGCUGUUUAGACUGUGGUAAAAAUUUUGCAAGGCAUGCACACUUGAUUGCUCACAAAAAUGUACAUAAGCGGAAAAUACAGUGCUCAGUCUGUCAGGAAGUUCUGCCAUCUAUUGGAGAUUGGUUAAAACACAGACAGUCCCAUCCAGAAAAAGGCACCCUUAAGUGUCCUGAAUGCCCAAUGCAGUUCAAGUUUCCUGUGUUUCUUCUGCGACAUGUGGUUGUGCACGAGAGAAAACGCAAACCCCUGAAGGCCAAACCUAAAACUGAACAUUUGGAAAAAAUGUAUAAAGAGGAGUUCAAAUGUGCUGUCUGCCAAAAAUCCUUUGCUGAUUCAAAGGCACUUAGCAAGCAUUGUUUAACCCACAAGCCUGAACGUUGUGCGUCCAAAUGUCAGUUCUGCAAACGUCAUUUUUCAAAUCGAACUGGGCUGGUUCGCCACAUCCGCCUUCACACUGGUGAAAAGCCUUUUCCAUGUGGAAAAUGCGGAAAGCACUUCCAUAGACAAGAAGCUGCCAAAGUGCAUCAGGAUAAGUGUACAGGGGUGCCACAAUUGCCUGUUUUGCAGAAGUCAAAAGCUAAGCAAGGACAGGAUGAAGACACUGCAGACACUGCAUCAGACAAGGCCAACAAACCCUAUAAUUGCUCAUACUGCCCACAGUCAUUUCGAUUUCCCAACAAUUUGAAAGGCCAUGAAAGAGCCCACUUAGCAAAAACAGUUUUCCCUUGUCCGAUGUGUGGGAAGUAUUACAGAAAAAGAAAACUUAAAGAUCACACAAGUUUCUGCCAAGGCAAAGAGUUUCCUGCUUGCCGAAAAUGUGGGAGAACCUUUAUCAGGCAAAACUAUAGAAAUGGCCAUGAAAAACACUGCCGGGGUAACUUGCUGAAAGAAACCAAAAUAAAAGUCAAAAUUAAGCAGCAGUGUCCACAAUGCUUUAAAUUCUUUAGGUAUAGAAGUUACCUCCUGAGACAUCUUUCUGUUCAUUCAAGGGAAAAACCAUUUGCAUGCAUGCAUUGUGGAGAGAAAUACAAAAGUCAGCAGCGCUGCCUGCAGCAUGAGGCUUUUUGUGAUGCCGUGACCAAGGAACAAACACUGGAAAAUUCAAGUGGAUCAGGAAACACCAAGUUAAUAUUUGCUGAAGUAAAAAGCAAGAAAGAGGUCAAGGUGGUCCCAGGAGAAAACGGUGACGAAUUAAAGUGCAAAUUUUGCACGAAAUCAUUUUCAAGGCCAAGAUAUCUACGGCGCCACAUCCUCACCCAUACAGAGGUAAAGCCAUAUCGGUGUAAGACCUGUGAAGGUUGUUUCUCACGCUAUGAUCAUUUGAAACUUCACCAGAAUCGCUGCAAAGGAAAGCAUCGACUUGAGGUGCGAGUUGUAAAGAUGAGUGUAGACAGGAUGGAUACAAACUGCCAAAAGGAAAUUCAGCAGGAAAAUGAGUUGCAGUGCAAAAUUUGCUCAAAGCAGUUGUCCACCUCAAGCGACUUGAAGCGCCAUAUGUCCAUGCGACAUAUAACCGACAAACCUUUUCCCUGCAAGCGAUGCGGCCAAACCUACAGUUCCAAAAAGUCUUUAGCAAGACAUAAUCUCAUGGUCAAAUGCAAGAGGGUUUCGAAGGAGAGUGUGCAGCCGCCCAAGAACAAUGUCCAAGACCAACCAUGUAGAGAAACAUCAAAACUUCUGCAACGUAUACAGGUGCACUACAUGAAUAAAUUCAAAUACCAAUGCAAGUAUUGUCCCCGCCGCUUUAAGCAGCUCGGACAACUGACCGUGCAUACACGUCUUCAUACAGGGGAGAAACCCUAUGGCUGUGCCAGCUGUGGGGAGCAUUUUAUCAGAACGGACUACUUGAAACGACACUUGGUUAAAUGCAGUGCAAAAGCAGACAGCCAAAUAAAAGUUCUUUGUGACAAGUGUGGUGACCUGUUUACACAGGAAGCAUUGCUUAUACACCAAAAGACAUGUGUUGUUAGCUCAAAAUCAUCUGGUUCCUCUGAAAAGGCCAAAAAGCACAGCCCAGCCAAGAUAAAAGGUUUCUCUUGUGCUAACUGUAGCGACCGUUUUUUGUUGUUCUCGCAGCUUCAACAACAUUUCUUAACAAAGCACAGAUCUGAUCAAGAGCAACAGCCGCUGGAAUUACGUCCCAUGCAAAUGGUCCUCCAGCAUGAAUCAGGUGAUGGACAUGGACAGAGCCAACCAAGUAGCAGUCAGCUACCUGCCAAAGAGCAACUUGAGAAUUCAAUCAAGGUCCUCGACAAACCUCUUAAAUGCUUGCAUUGCCACAUGCGGUUUUCCAACAAAGCUGGACUGGGUAUGCACAUGCGCAUUCAUACCGGAGUCUACCCUCUUUCUUGCAAAAAAUGUAACGUUGGUUUUUGGAGCAAGAAGACAAUGGAGAAGCACAGAAAAAGAUGUCCUGGUCACAAAAUUGUCAUCAAACAAAAUGAGAAUACUACGGAAAGUGCAUGGGAAUUAGACUCCACUUCAGCUGACACAGUUUUAGUCUUUAAUAAGGGUUCUAAUACAACAGGAACUGGAGUGCUGCAGACUAAGUUCUCAUGUAAAGAUCAAGAAAAUGGUUCAGAAAAAAGCGACAUGGCUCUUCACAAGUAUCAGUGUUCUGAGUGCGAUCAGAGUUUUACAGAUGGACUUAGACUCAUCAGUCAUUUGGAGGAACAUGGUCGUGAGGAUCAAGAGCGUCGAUCAGGUGAUGUGCACCGUUGCCAUAUUUGCAGUAAAGUGUUCGGCCAAGCAGGUGUUUUGCAGAGGCAUCUGAAAACCCAACAUGAGAAUAAAAAGACACACAGCUGUCCAACAUGUUCAAAGAAUUUUCGAUGCCCCGCUGAUUUGGACCUCCAUAAAGUCUUUCAUGACCCCAGUCGUCCCUUUGUCUGUAACAUAUGUUCAUUGAGGUUUUGGACUACUAGAGCCAUGACCAUUCACCAAAAACUUGUUCAUUCAGUCAAAGAACCACAUAAUUCAAAAGAAUCUAACAUUAAAGCACAAACUGAAUUGUAUAAGUGUGAGCCAUGUGACAAAGUCUAUACAGUAAAAAAGUCAUACGUGAAGCACUGCAAAACGAAACAUAAAGAGGAUUCCGUCAAAACAAUUCCUGAUAAUGAAUCAUCUGGUAAUCAAGAGUCAGAUAAGGAAGAAUCCAACCAGAAUUUUGAGGAUGGUGACAGCGAAAACGACUCUGAUUCAGCGCCAUACUUUCCUUGCCAUGUUUGCGGUAAAACAUUCUUAACAUCAGAGAAACUUGAGGAUCACCAACGAUGCCAUCUUGGUGAAAAACCUUUUGAGUGCGAGGAAUGCGGUAAAUGCUUUUUUCAGUUGGUAAACCUGCAACAGCAUCGGCGAAGCCACAAAUCGGAGUUUCAGUGUCAGAUGUGUGGCAAAGGGUUCGUCUCCCUCUUUGCCCUGCGUAAACACAAGCAGUCUCACGUCAGAAAUACACCUCACCGAUGCACAAAGUGUCACCUGAGCUUCACUCGAUCAACGGAACUAGCCGAGCACAUGGUCACGCACCGUGAUGAAAAUUUUCCAUGUGAUCUCUGUGACAAAACAUUUUCCUGCAAAACAAGUCGGGCCGAACAUCGCAAGAUGCACACGGAGCAAGAGGAGGACCUUCCUCCUUUGAUUCCACCCGGUGAGCUUCAAACAAUGCAGAUGACUUCAGCUGUGUCUAGUAGAAACCUUUCCAGUAAUGUUGAGCAGUACAAGUAUCGCUGUGGAAUUUGUCAAGUGAGAUUUCCAGACCCAGAGCAGCUCUCUGAACAUGGAUGCAGUCCAGCAAAAGACAGACCAUACUCGUGUCCAGAAUGUAACAAGCAUUUCUUACAUGGUUCUCAUCUAAAAAAGCAUCAGCUUAGUCAUCAGUUGUCGGCCCGACGUUCAUAUCAGUGUAAGCGUUGCAGCAUGAGUUUCAGUCACCACCAUCACUAUCUUACUCAUAUACGAAGCCAUGGGGAUAAGGAGUCAUCUGAAGGCACAAACCUUCCGGGCAGUGAAAAGGUGAUUCAAGCUGGAUUUGCAAAGCUUGACAGAAUUUACCAAUGCCCCAUAUGUCCUGAGAGUUUCUACCAAGCUAUGGAUUUAGCAAAUCACCUCUCGGUUCAUUCACAUCUGUGCACUGUCUGUAAUACGACGUUUCCCUCAAAAGAAGACCUUGAGGAGCAUGAAACAUGUCAUUUGACUGCUGCUACCCAGUAUGAAUGCACUGAAUGCGGCGACAGUUUUCUUGGUAGCGAUGCUUUCCGCAAACACCAGUGUCGCAAUCGCAAAUUACCGUUUUCAAACAAGUCAUCGAUCUCCUCCUCCCUCAAAAAGCAACGUUCUGAGAGACGAUUCGAAACUGUUGAUGAUGAAGAGGAGGAGGUUGACGUUGGGGAAGACUUCAUUAAGUGCAACAUUUGUCAAAAACGGUUCUCCUCCAAUAAUUUAGCAGAGCACCAGAAAACUGAACAUCCUGAACGUCCUUUCAAAUGCCUGGUUUGUGGGAAAGGCUUCACGAAGAAACGGUACCUCACGCAGCACCAACAAAUUCACAGUGAACGGCCUUACCAGUGUAAUGCCUGCCCAGAAUCCUUUAAAACGGAAACCGCUUUACUAUGUCAUCGCAAAAUGCAUGACACAAACCGACAACACCAGUGCUCGAUAUGCAACAAAUCCUACUUUACAGCUAAUGAACUUAACAAACAUCAACGGAAACAUGGACAUCACACUUUGAAUAAAGACAGUGAGGAGUACCGGUGUGAUAUGUGCUGUAAAUCCUUUAGCAUGUUUUCUCAACUGACGAAGCACCAGGAAACCCACGUAGGGCAAGUUGUCUAUGAAUGCACAGAGUGUGACAAAGCCUUUGCUUUUCUGAGUCUUUUGGAGGAACAUCAGAGGACUCAUGCUGUUGCUACAGAAUCUCUACAGCCCCAACCUUCAACCCAUUUUCCCUUUCAAAGCCCAGUAAAUGAAUAAAGGGCAGGUUAUUGAUGACUUAAUGUCCUGCAGUGCAGGUUAUUCAAAAUCAUUCAAUUUUCUGAACGAUAUUUAUGGCAGACAUACUGUAUUUCAUUGUUCUUUUAUUUAGGCCUUACAGCUUUUAUCCACUAUUGGUGUUUUACCCUAGUUCUGAAUCAGUCUGUUAAUGUUUCUACAGUUUCUACUGUUUUAGUUCUGUGAACUGCUCACUUUUUUCUGUUUGUACAGUACUCAGACUGAGUUGUAUAUUGAAUUUAUGCAAUCUACAUGAUGUAUGAUACUCUAAGUAUAUUUGCAUGAAUAAGAUACUAUAAGAGUUCAAAGAUGCACCACAAUAAGAUUAUAAAUAAAACCUUGCAUAAUUUUUCAUUGUUAAAAUAGUUUUGGGCUUUGUUACAUUUACCUGAUGUGUGUUUUUAAACAUCCUUGAAAAACCUUUGAAAUUUUAAUUGCCUCUUAAUGUAAAGUAUUUUCUGAUAUGAAUACCGGUUUGAGUUCCAACUGUAAUGUUAAAGAAUUCAGAUUUUACUUUUUAAUGAGAAUGUCUUUCGUAGCUUUCCUCCAGAACACUUUUCACAAGGACCUUUAUAAAGGAUGCAGAAUAUUGCAUUGUUUGCUUUUGAGUUUAAAAGAACAGUAGUGCUUAUAUAUGGCAAUGAAAAGCUUAUGUUAAUUUUCCUUUUGUAUUAUAUAGCAAUGUUUCAAUGUUCACAUUUGUUUAACAAGCAAAUAAAUUCUUGGACUUU